UUGGGUGGUCUUUUAGGAACCUGGGAUUUACUGAAGUCAGAUGUGGAAACUGAGGCUUGGGGUAUGUCUGGCCGGAGAGAGUAGUGAGAUUCUACCGCCGUGGGAAUUCUACCUCUUGGGAAUCAGCUGGGCUCCCCAUAACUGCAGGAGGACACUGAGGCAGAGGCACCUUCAUGUCCCUAAUGGGGUGGCUUCGUGCCCGGCUCCUGCUCUCUGUGCUCUCUGUGAACUGCCUGAUCCUGCUGUGGGCAGUCGGCUCUGGGAGCAUCAAGGUCCUGUCUGAGCCCACCUGCUUCUCCGAUUACAUCAAUACCUCCACCUGUGAGUGGCAACUGGAUGGCGUUGUCAACUGCAGCUCAGAGCUCCGCCUGGCCUACUGGCUGGACUUCGAAUUCCCUGACCCUGUCUUCAGAAACAUCACGUGUGUCCCCAAGAACAGCGCCAGCACGGCGUGCAUGUGCGACGACAUGUACACGGACGACCUUGUCGAGGCAGACACGUACCAGUUGGACUUGUGGGCAGGACAGCGACUGCUGUGGCAGGGUUCCUUCAGACCCAGCAACCAUGUGAAGCCCCGGGUCCCAGGCAACCUCAUGGUCCACACCAAUGUCUCCAGUGCAUGGCUGCUGACGUGGAACAACCCAUACCCGCCAGGGAACUUCCUACACGACAGGCUCACCUACAUGGUCAAUGUCUCCAGAGCGGAUGAUCCUGAAGAUUUCACAGUCUAUAACGUGACCUACAGGGGUGCCAAUCUGCUCCUCCUAGCCAAUACUCUGAAGUCAGGGGUAUCCUACACGGCUCAGGUGAGAGUCUGGGCCCAGAGCUUCAACAGCACCUGGAGCGAGUGGAGCCCAAGCAUCAAGUGGUACAACCACUUCCAGCCGUCCCUGGCCCAGCGCCUCCCACUGGGGGUUGGUGUCUCCUGUGUCGGCAUCCUGUUGGUCUGCCUGUCCUGCUAUGUCUGUAUCAGCAGGGUGAAGAAAAUGUGGUGGGAUCAGAUUCCCACCCCUGCACGCAGCCCCCUGGUGGCCAUCAUCAUCCAGGACUCAAAGGUGUCCCUAUGGCAAAAGCAAGCCCAAAGCCAGGAGCCAACCAAGUGCCCACGCUGGAAGAGUUGUCUGACCAAACUCCUCCCCUGCUUGCUGGAGCAUAGCAUGAAGAGGGCUGCCAAAACUGGGCCUCUCCAGGGUCCUGGAAAGCCAGCUUGGUGUCCUGUGGAGGUCAGCAGGACAGUCUUCCGGCCAGAGAAUGUCAGCAUGAGUGUGGUGCAAUGUAUGGAGGUUUUUGAGGCCCCAGGAGAGAGUGAGGAGGAAGAGGAAGAGGACUUGUGCACAUUACCUGAGGACAGCAUCAGUGACUUCCAGGAGGGCAGGGCAGGCAUCGUGGCUCGGCUGACUGAGAACCUGUUCAUAGACUUGUUGGGGCCUGAGGACAGGGGCUUUGACCAGCCAGCCUUGGGGGAGUCAUGCUUCACUCUGCCUUCAGAAAGUGGACAGGACCCUGUGCCCUGGGCCUGCUUCCCCACAGGGCCCAAGGAGGCCACCUGCUGGGCCACAGAGCAGCCUUUGCACUCAGAGCCUCCUCCAGGCAGCCCAACCCACAGCACAGCCAGUCUGGCCUGCACGCAGGUGCCGGUCAUUACAGACAACCCUGCCUACCGGAGCUUCAGCCACUUCCAAAGCCAGUCUCCAGGCCCUGGAGAGCUGGCCCCAGACCCUCUGCAGGCUGGACAUCUGGAGGAAGGGGACUCCCCAAACCCUGGUGUGCCCUGUUCUUCAGGACCACCCAUGCAGCAGACAGAGUCAGAAAGCUGGGAGCAGAUCCUUCACCUGAGCGUCCUGCGGCACAGGGCCGCUGUCCCGGCUCCCGCCAGUGGCUACCGGGAGUUUGUGCAGGCGGUGAGGGAGGGCGCUGCCCAGGACCCUGGGGUAGCUGGGCUCGGGCCCUGCAGAGACUCUGGUUACAAGGCCUUCUCCAGUCUGCUAACCAACAAUUCCCUCUGCAGGGGGACAGCAGGACCGGAGGCUGGCAAUGGGGAUGGGGGCUAUAAGCCCUUCCAGAACCUCAUUCCUGACCCAUCCCCUAGCUCUGUGCCCCUAUUUACCUUUGGACUGGACACAGAACCACCACCCAACCCUCCAGACUCUCCCCUACCCAGCAGCAUUCCAGAAUGCCUUGGUCUGGAGCCAGAGCUUAAAGGAGGCAAUGUGCAAAAGGCGCCUCUCCCUACAGAGCCACUUGGGGACGACCUGGGCCUCGGCAUCGUCUACUCUGCCCUCACCUGCCACCUGUGUGGCCAUCUGAAGCAGCACCAUAGCCAGGAGGAAAGUGGCCAGGUCCGCAUGGUGGCCAGCCCCUGCUGUGGCUGCUGUUGUGGGGAUAGGUCACCCCCAGGAAGCUCCUCAGGGUCCCUAGACACUUCUCCUCAAGGGUUGCCACAGGAAGCCAGCCUCACUCCAGCAUCCAGGGCACCCUCAGGCUUUUCAGGGGAGGGCAAGGCCACUGGCCAUACUCAAGGGACCAAGGUGAAGGGCCUGGUGUCCGAGGGGGCCCAGGGUGUGAUAGUUUCCUGAGUACGUGAGCUCUUGCUGAGGUUGUGCUGAUGAUGGGCUCAUUUAAGCCAAAGAGACAGCCCAGCUGGCAGGUUUUCCUAAAAAUCCAAACAACUGUGAAAUGAAGAUGUGAACUUGGUCUGACCUGAGGGCAUUGAGACUAGCUGUCUCCCACAGUGCAGGCCUGGGCUGCCCUCCCUGCUACAGGACAGAGGGGCUCUAGAAGCUGCAUCCCACUGCAGAGCUGGUGUCCUGAGCUCCUGGGCACCUCAUUCACAGCUUUUCCACCAGCUGUCACUGCCCUGCCCACUCAAGCCCUGUUUUGCCCACUGAACAGAUCCUGUUGGCCACGGCUCACACUUGUCCUGGGAUAGCUGCUCACAUUUCCCUGAACUGGAAGCUGGACGUGGAAAAAGAUACCUGGCCUAGCAAUGGCUUGAGAGGCCCUAAAAAUGGAUGGGAAACCCAAGGUUCAGGGAGGGUAGGCAUUGGCCUUGAGGGGCCCAUUCAUUCAAUAGCCACUGUGAGUCAAGGCUGGAGGCAAAAUCUACAGUCCUGGCUGCUCAGUUGGGAGCAGCAGAGGCCAUGAGAAAUUGCAGUUGCUAAAAACAGUCAUUGUCAGAUGCCCAUGUGCAACCCACAGCCAGGGUUCUUGGAAAGCGGAAGUGGGGAUCCCGGCAAACAAACCCAGCUGCCCUGAGGCCCAUCCCAGGGGGCACCGUUGCUGGCAGCAGUGGCAAGUCCAUGAGAGAGUAGGGCUUGUGGCCCGUGUUCUGGCAGAGGGCCAGGUGGUAGGAGUAGCAGAUGGCAGACUGCCAGUGGCCCAAAGACUGGGUGCUGGAAAGGUGAGACUGAGUGCCGGAAAAGUGAGACUGGGUUGAACAGUCUGUACAUUUUUCCACCAUUAUUGUGGGAGUUGGUACGUUUGCCAGAGUCCAGAAGAGGCCUGCAUGGAGCUUUAUGUCAAUAAAGGCUCUUUAUCUCUUUAGUUCUUUGUUAUGCAAACAGA